UACAUAUAUUUAUUGUUAAUACUAGGCAUCUGCUUUUGAGACGUUGAGCAUGACUGUAUUCAUGGUUUGUGCAUUGCUUGAUGUGUGUUAUUUCUACAAUGUCCAGAUGAGGUGCAGCCACUGACUGAGUUAUACUAUUGGAGUGCUGUAUGGAGAUUGCAUAUGGAUGAUAGAAAAGUUGCCUGGUUACAAGACAACCUAAACUUAACAGAACUAGAGUACAGAUGGGUCGCCAAAGAAGGAAUACCGCAAUGUGCGGUAAUCUGAAAGGCACCAUGGUUUCUUUUUGCCUCAUACUUUGGUUAACAUUGGAUCAUUGGGCCAUAUGAUGAAUGUAGUAGUGAUUUCAAGUUUUGUAAAUAAGAGACAGAGUCGGUGCACAGUGUAAAUGAGCUGCUGAUGAUGCAUUUUACAUGGUUGUGAAUGAUAAUAAGGUUGGCAGCAGCAUAUAAGAGCAGUCAAUGACUUUACUGUGGCAUACUAUUUAUUGAUGUUAACAGUAUCUGAAUAAUUCACGUUUAAGUGUAUGUUCUUUUGAAAAAGAAUGUAAAGAGGUUAGUAUGCAGCAAUCAUGUACUUUAUCAUUGUUACUCUAUCAUAUUUAAACAUUGCUGGAUUAAUUUACCUGUGGCUGAUUUUUGUUUUCACGGUUCUGUUUGCAACUGAGUGAUGUAUCUCAAAGAUGGACAUACCCUUUGAUUUUUUUAAUAAAAUGUCUUUGCCUUGUGCUUUUUGCCUGUAUUCGAUUUUCAGAGUUUAUCGCCAUGGAGACCAAGUACACCAGUGAGAAUGCACCUGCAGUGAGACAGGGUGAUGGUUUGCCGAGCCGGAAAAAAAUGCAUCCUAAUUCCGGAAGGAAGACUACUAAAAAGUAAGGAAAUAUGUAUGAGAGGAGUCAGAGAGAAUGACAGCAAGCUAACAUCAUGACACAUGAAGGACAACAGGAUUAUCAGAGUUUACAGAACAAAAUUCAAGGGCUAUCCACAGAUGAAAUGCGUCAUCUGUGCAAUCUAAUAGCAGAAAGGAAUCCAGCACUAGUUCAGGAGAUACUUGAGGAGCAAGAGAGGUGGAGCAGUGAAAUUACUGAACAACAUCAGGCAGAACUACCUCCAAAUUGGUGUGUGUGCCACAGCUGCCAGGAUAUGCCUGCCACGCAAGAAAGAGUAUGUUGUGCGAAUUCACCAAUGAACUAUUUAUCUUUUGUUCUGAAAAUGAGUGAGGUUGUGCUUCAUCAUGGUGUUCUACAUGUUGCCGAUACGUACAGGCGGGCUAUUUUUGGAAUACCAUUGGAGACUGAUAAAAAUCGUUGCUUUCGGCAUUCUGCCUAUCGACAGUUCACUGUCUGGCAUUAUGGACGGCUUGGGAGUAGAGUGCGAGGAGUCAUUCCUAGUUGCUGUGUUUGGCGCAUUCGUGACAGAUAUCCCAACCCUUUAGGCCAGUACACAGGUUUUCUAGCUCAAUGGAGGACAGUAAUUGAGUAGUAAUAAAGAGUUAACAUUUAUGCAUUACUGUAAGAAUAGCUAAUAUUUUUAGCAUAGUAUGUUUUGUUUGGACAGUAGUUUUACAAUAAAAAAAAAAUAACUGUGGUUAAAAAACAU